AUGAUCUUUGGAAGAGCAGCACGUGGUGUCCGCUGCUCGACAUAUAAAAUUGAUGGUAGAGGUGUCUGUGGAACAGUUGGCAUCGUUGCGCCAGCGGCGGCAGUGGACCUACGAAUAUAUGUGAGUAUUAAAGGGGAGCUGGGUGAGUUGGCGAGCUCAGUCUGGAUGGGCGCACACGUGUCCUUGUCGAUGUCACAUGGCGCUCGUGUCGCCUCGCCGACUGUUGUGGCCGAAGCUAUUGCAGCACCAGAGGAUCAGCCUGGUGAUCGGAAUGGAGGAUUUGUUGAAAUUAGCAGGGCUGUUUUAAGUGUUUAUGCUUUAUUUGUUUGGAACGUUUUUCUCCCCUCGAUGAUUUCGUCAGCAACGCCAGCGCAAACAGCUGUACCUGAUAUGGAUGAAAUCAAUACAUGCUAUAAGAGGCUUGAUUUGGAUUUCAAAGACACGAAAAGUGCCUUUAAGGGCAAAAGAACAUAUGAGUUGCUUCGUGGUGUUGUUGUGCUUCCACUCUGUUCGCUACAAAUGAUGGUGAAAAGGAACGAUUUAAUUAUGGCCAGGAUGCGCCGAGUGCUCGGAGAACGCAUCUUCAAAAAACUCCUCAAACUGACAUUUUUUGGACAUUUUGUCGGCGGUGAAAAUUUGAAUGAGGUGAAAGAAACAAUGAUAAGGCUACAGAGCUGUGGCGUUAAAUCGAUUUUGGAUUACAGUGUUGAAUCGGACAUUUCACAAAGCGAAGCCGAAAAGAAAGCUGUUGAAGGGAUUGUCGGAGGCGAAGCGAAAACAGAGAAAGAUUCAUUUCAGCCAGUGGACAGUGUAGUUGAUAAGAAAACUGUGGAGCAGACUCGGCAGCGUUACACAGUUCAUAAAGAGUUCGGUGAUCGCCGUAAAGAUGUCGUUAGUGCUAGGACAUACUUUUACGAAUGUGAGGAUCAAUGUGAUCGAAACACCGAUACGUUUUGCAAGAGCGCUGAUGCAAUUGCUUCGUCAGUUUCUAGUCAAGGAAUUGUUUGCAUCAAGUUAACAGCUCUUGGAAGGCCUCAGCUGCUCUUGAAAUUAACGGAAUUAAUAGCGCAAUCGCAAAACUUCUACAGAACACUAAUCAAGUCAUCCUGUGAAGAUCUCAUCCUAAGCAAAAUCAAAAAAGAAGAAUUUUUACAGAAGAUCAAG